UUAACAAUGUUAUUAUUGAAUGAUCUUGGAUUUCAGGUAUUGCCUGGCUUGGUGCUACAGAAAUGGAGCAACCUCAGGAAGCCAAAACAAAGAAGGGACAGUCGAUGAAUGCUGCUUCUGUCACGUUUAUUCCUGGUCUCUUCAAGCCUCCGCCAAGAGGAUUCAUCCCCAUAGAUGCCAAUGAUCCUUUCAUCGCAGGCCCUGAGGUUCUUCAACAAGAAUGCAGCCUCUUUCGAGAAGAAAGUGCAGCCACAAACCAAGAAAUCAAAGAGAUUCUAAAAUUCUCUGAGAAAGACUGGAAGGAAAUUGCUGAGGUUCAGAUAGAAAGAGAGAGACAGCUAAGGGAGAAGGAGCAAGCAGAAAUGGAGAAGGCAGCCGCCAAGAAAGCAGUCGAUCAGAAGAUAAAGCAGAAUCUGGACCGCAAGGUGGAUUUGAUCUUCAAUGAACACAAGUUCUUUGUAAAGAAGCAGUGCCCCGUUCUGAUUCCCUACAAAUCAUCACUGAAUCACGCUGAGCAUCAAGCUUACCUGAGGGCUUUUGUUAAAUUUAAGAUCAGAACACCAAAAACAGCUUGUGAGGCCACAGAGUAUGAGCAGUACAUGAGACUUCAGAAUCGUGUGUACGAGGAACAGAAGAUGUUCAUGGACUUCUCCUUCCAAGUGUCGAGGUUGCAGUUGGAGUCAUACAAUUUCAUCCCAAAAUUGAUAAAUGAUUACGUCAAUGAGUAUGUGCAGUAUCGCAGCAGACGCGCAGCAAAGUAUAUGCCCACAUACUUUCAAGAACAAGAAGUGCCCAUCAGACCCCAAGAUCCGUCCAACAGGCUGAGCAACCUGCAGUUUCAACACAUGGGUCAUUUACUGAGUCUGGGCUCUGUACCGUGGCUUAAACUGCCAAAUGUUCACAAAUUGAACAAGCUCUGUUUGGAUGAUUCUGUCCUGAAAACCCAGCCUCCAGUACCAAAGGAGAAAGAGGUUAAAAAGAACACGCUUUCAGAGACAGUGAGUGAGGACCCCAAUGCAAUAUAUUUAGCACAGAAGCAUCGAGCAAAUAUAGUGAUUUGCACAAGUGCUUUGAAGACACUAGCAGACAAUCAUGGCCCAAACUUUGACAAUGAAUGGGACAUUCCUGUGAGAGUGCAGAGCUAUGGCAUUGAUGAUGGCAGUGGUGAGGAGAAAAGCCACCGUGUUGUUUUCAUAGACAAGCCAAUGCCAAAGAAGACAUGGAUGCCCCUGGAAAAAAAACAGCUGUUUUAUAAGAAAUCGGCUCUAGCUACACUGACAGAAAUUAAGCGGCUGAAUGCAUUCAGAAUGAGAUCACCACCAUUAUUUCAGUAUGAGGUGAUGACUCAAAAUGAAAUUGAAGUGAAAGAACAAGUUGACUAUGAUGAUGAAUUUUUGGACUUGACAUCAACAUCCACACAUGAUGUUUUCGGAAUAGAUUCCAAUAUGAAUGAGUCAGAAUUUUCACCAAAAAGGAAAUAUGAUACAGAGGUUUUGCUUUGCUUUGCAUUGGUUUUGCUUAAAGGCCUUGUGCCAGGUGGUGAGGAGAUGGAGCAGCAGGUCUGCAGCUGUUUAUUAUUGCUGAGGAAGUGUUAUAUGUUUACACAUUUAAAUGUAGAAAUAUUACUCAUUUUACAGUUUUUUUCUUUCUUCAGAAUGAGAUCACCACCAUUAUUUCAGUAUGAGGUGAUGACUCAAAAUGAAAUUGAAGUGAAAGAACAAGUUGACUAUGAUGAUGAAUUUUUGGACUUGACAUCAACAUCCACACAUGAUGUUUUCGGAAUAGAUUCCAAUAUGAAUGAGUCAGAAUUUUCACCGAAAAGGAAAUAUGAUACAGAGGAAGCCAAGCACAACAAAAUUGCAAAAAAGAAAGUACCUGGCAAGAAAAAAGGUGGUGCAGAAUCGGCUGUUGGUUCAGAACCAGAAGAUAAAGGCAAGAGCCCAAGCAAAUCUGUUUCAGAUGAUUCCUUGGAAUCCACAAAGGAACAGAGCAUAGCAUCUGAAGUUGAUGUUGACAGAGGAAACACAGAGAGUGUGAAGCCAUUAACUUCACAGGCAUAUGACAGCGGCAGCUUUCUUGAGGACCUCAUUGACUUGCAGGAUUCUUUACUCAAGCCUCUACAGACUCAGAGCUCCCCAGUUAAGGCAAAAGAAGAAGUGGAAGCAGAUCCUGUUCAUCCCUGGCCCUGGUCAAAUAGGCUCAAGACUGACUGGUCGAGGCAUUCCGAGGCAAAAUCUUGUGAGUUGUGGACUGGAAAGAACAAACACUACCAACUCUUCUCCAUGGGACCCAGGAACCUACAGCCGAAUGCCUCAGUGCAAGAUUUACGAAUUAUUGUCGUACAUAACGUUCAUGGUAUCUCAAGGUUCAAGUCCAAAAAGAUAAAGAGUAAAGCUUACAUAGUUUAUCCAAAGAUAGAGAAUCAGCCAUAUUUUGGUUGUGAAGUAAACACCUUGUCUGAGAUUACUCAGCAGUGGAUCAACCUGUUGGUAGCCCCAAGCACUACUCUGUUACAAGGUGAGUGUUAGUUCAGCUGACUUUUUCAUGAAAG